AACGAGGCUCAUAUGACGGGGUUCUCUAUGUGCCAACACUUUGAAAUGAUCAUUUCGAAUGCGGAGAUCCUUCUAGUGCAAGCAAGUGGGUUUGUUUAUCGGUCAUGCGCAAACUUAUGGUGAUGCCGAGACUAGGUCCAGGCGACCUCUCUUCCUGGGGAUCCAUUGUUCUCGCCUGCCAGCCAAUCUUAAAAUUCCCCGGAGACAAGUAUCCCCACUACUCCCGCUUGUUCUCGACAUGAGACAAAGUAUAUAUGAACGACAUCCGUUGCGAUAUCAACUCCGCAAGCCAUAUCUCCAUGUCGCGCCGAUGUUGUUCAGAUUAAGUAUCUAUGUACUUUGUUUUAUCACCCCAAUUCUUGCCGACUAUGCAUGGCAGGACCAACUUAAUGCGCGAGAAGAUUGGCAGAAGUACGUGCGAGCACCCCCAUCUAAUGUUGUACGACCUGUACGCGUGCUCGGGAAAUAUACACGUGGGAAUGUCACCAAUCCAGAGGGGUUCCUCACCGGGAAAGGAUCCACGAUUUUGACAAGGAACGGGACGGCACAAAACACGACAUGGGCGUUUGCUGACCCGUAUGACGUUCCGCCGGCUAUUGUUGUUGAUUUCGGUCAGAAUAUUGCGGGACUGCUCUCCAUUAAAUUUGGAGGGGCGUACAAUUCAACUCCUGGACUUCCUGGCAUCCGACUGGCAUUUUCAGAAACUCUUCAAUUUCUCAGUGAUUUGAGUGACUUUUCGCGUUCAAACAAUGGAGAAACAAUUACCCCGGGAUCUGAUCAAAUCGCCGUUCGCCAUGACCCAUACACUUGGACAGCAAAACGCGGCUGUGAUUUCAAAAAGAAAGUCUGUAACGAUGGCCUUCACGGGUUCAGAUAUGUCAAGAUCUAUCUUGACGCUCUGCCUUGGGAUGCUCCAUAUACCUCGUCCUACGGUAAAGUCUCGAUCGAUUCCAUGAGUCUAAAUUUUACUGGCUUCCUUGGAACUCCAGCCACUUUUACUGGCUACUUCGAAAGUUCCGAUGACCAACUCAAUCAGUGGUGGUACGACGGAGUCUACACCAAUGAUAUGUGUACCGACACAUUUCGACUCAGUGAUACGGACCCAAGGAGUGCAGGAAGUCCAACCCUCGUUGGCAAGCUCGUUCUUCAUGAUGGCGCAAAGAGAGAUCGAGAUCCAUACGUUGGAGAUCUUGCAGUUGCUUCGAGGACUUCGUAUCUAAGUCAUGACACUUCAAUUGCAACGAAGAAUGUCCUGGCAGAUAUUGCAGAUCAUCAAAGAGACGAUGGCUGGCUUCCUCCUGCGUCAAUUAACAACUAUACUCUCCCGCUGUACGACUAUCCUUUAUGGUGGGUAGCGUGCAGCUAUGAUCUAUUCAUGUAUACUGGGGACGUGGAUUACAUCACCAAAUACUACCCGAAUCUACUGAAAGUCCUUGAUACAUUCUACCCCUCCACAACCGACCCCUCAACUGGACUUUUGGAUAAACGACUAGGAGUCACAGGAGGAUAUGGAGACUAUGCUUUCCUUCCUCGAAACGGUCCAGUCACAUACUACAACGCGCUGUAUGUCAUCGCUCUUGACAAUGCUGCAUCUAUGGCCAGAUAUCUGGGUCGUGAGGGUGAUGCAUCUCGCUGGAGUACACGUGCCCGCAACGUCUCCGCUGCAAUGAACAGCUUGUUCGAUCACUCAGCUGGAGCUUUCUAUGAUGGGAUAUGCGACAAUGACAUUCUAUGCAAGACGCAUGCCCAAGACGGGAACAGUCUCAGCAUCCUGGGCGGAGUAGCAAAUUCCACGCGAGCAAAAUCGAUACUCUCAUACCUAUCAAUCAACAAUGCUCGACCGUACGGGAAUUCCUUUUACGACAAUGACGUCAUUGGGCCGUUCUCGCAGCGAGUCUAUGCAUUUAUUUCGUACUUUGAGAUUGAAGCUCGCUUCAAGACUGGCCUGGCGGUUAGUGCUUUGGAGGAGAUCAGACGGCUUUACGGCUGGAUGUCAAUACACGAUCCCGGUAUCACGACCUGGGAAGGUAUCGGACCAAAUGGAACACCGUACGAAGACGGAUUCACAUCCAUGGCCCAUGGAUGGGGAACUGGUGUUGUCCCUGCAUUGACGAACUACAUCCUAGGUGUCAUGCCUUCAGGGCCAGGAUUCUCAACUUGGAGCGUGAAGCCGAUUCCGGGAGAUGUAAAGUGGGCGAAGGGGAGGGUACCGACUCCGAAUGGGCCUAUCAAUGUUGGAUGGAUUCGUGAUUCGAAUGGGUUCUACCUGAGUGUUACGGGUCCGGUUGGAACGAAGGGUGUUGUCUCGAUUCCGGCUGAGAAUGGGACUGUGUAUUAUGAUUCAAUGAGAGUGGACGGGAGAGUGGAUAAUGGAUAUAUGAGUAUGGCCGUGGAAGGUGGCGGUACUCAUUCUUUUACAGUGAAGUAUGAGGGAUAGUAAAGCAUCAAGGUAAUGUUUUUUGCUUAGUUAGGCCGGUUGUUUUAGAUAGCCGUCAAAAAACGAACAAUCAAAUUCCCUCUCCAUACCAACCAGAAAUGUUAUGUCACUCGAUAAA